GGCGGAUACGCAACAGCAAACCCCGAUGCCUCUCUCGCUCCUUCUCUGAACUGUGGCAAACAAGUUGUGCCUGGAGCCGCCGUGGGGGCUGCCGCUGAUCGACAGUUAGGCAGACAGACGUGACAGCGGGGCCAGAGUGCAACAAAAGAGGUGCCCUGGAAAACAUUCUCAUGAUCUGUAGAAAAUUAACUUUCGGAUUUAGCCACUGAACGGCACAAGUCAUGUACCAAGUGGUACCGGGAGGAGCGGGGGGCACAAUUACAGAUGUUAUCCCCAAGCAGAAACACAGCAAGGACACUCGACCUUUAGUCGGAGCUGGAGUAAUCGGCCUGGUGCUGGUGAUUGCAGCAGUGACGGCGUGGUGUUAUUACAUAGCCUCUCUACGCAAAGCUGAGCUGCUUAAGACUCAACUGCUGGAUCUGAAUAAAGAUGGCUACAUUAUCCGCAACCAGGGAGGCUCUAUUGUUUUCAGAAUGGACUUCAGGUCAGGGACCCUGGAUUUGGAUUCCUGCUCUAAAGAAGGAGAGAUUCUCAGCUGUGGACGCACCACAGAUAGAAAACUUAAUUUCUUCAUUGAGACAGUUCGACCUAAGGACACAGUACAGUGCUACCGUGUGCGUUGGGAGGAACUGGUUCCUGACAUUCCUGUUGAGCAUGCCAUGACAUACAAGUUUGCACACUGGUAUGGCGGUGCAGUGUCAGCAAUUCAGCACUGGCCUAUUUCUAUUUCUGGCCAACAGGCUCCCAAACCCUUUGUUACUAGUGACAUCUACUCAAAUCGCAAUGAAUUUGGUGGAAUUUUGGAGAGUUACUGGCUUUCGUCCAAUGCUACAGCCAUCAAGAUAAAUAAUUCUGUGCCCUUCCACCUGGGCUGGAAUGACACAGAGAAGACCAUGUACUUCCAGGCGCGAUACAAUGACAGCCCCUUCAAGCCAAACCCAGGGGAAGCUCCAUGUGCUGAACUUAGCUACAGAGUCUGCGUGGGCUUGGAUGUGACAUCCAUACACAAGUAUAUGGUCCGCAGAUACUUCAACAAACCAAACAAAGUGCCGGCCAAAGUCAUGUUUCGCCAUCCUAUAUGGUCGACUUGGGCACUACAUAAGACUGACAUUGACCAAGAGAAACUCUUAGUGUAUGCUGCCAACAUCCGCAAGCAUAACUUCAACUGUAGCCACCUAGAAAUAGAUGACCGCUACACCAGCCGCUACGGGGAAUUUGAGUUUGACACUACAAAGUUCCCCAAUUCCUCAGCCAUGUUCCAAAAGCUGAAAUCAGAUGGAUUUUUGGUGUCACUCUGGAUUCACCCUUUUGUUAACUAUGACUCAGAAAACUUCCAUACUUGUGUAGAGAGGGGCCUGUUUGUCAGGGAGCCUACAGGGCGGCUGCCAGCAUUGGUGCGCUGGUGGAAUGGCAUUGGUGGCAUUUUGGAUUUCACAAAUCCAGAGGCCCGUGAUUGGUUUUCCUCCCAGCUACGUUCACUGCGCUCCAGGUAUGGGGUGUCAUCUUUUAAAUUUGAUGCAGGGGAGACCAACUACUUACCAUGGAAAUUUAGCACAAGAACUCCCAUUCGAGACCCAAGUUUUUUCACAAGACGUUACACGGAAAUGGCCAUUCCCUACAAUGAUAGAGCUGAGCUGCGUAGUGGUUACCAAUCCCAGAACAUAUCCUGCUUCUUCAGGCCAAUUGACAGAGACUCUGUGUGGGGCUAUGAGUUGGGUCUCAAAUCUCUUAUCCCCACAGUGCUCACCAUUAGCAUUCUUGGCUAUCAGUUCAUUCUACCAGACAUGAUUGGAGGGAAUGCCUAUCUGAACCGCACAGAUGGAAAUCAUGUGUUACCUGAUCGAGAACUCUAUAUCCGCUGGCUGGAGCUGUCAGCCUUCAUGCCCUCCAUGCAGUUUUCUAUUCCGCCAUGGGAAUAUGACAAUGAGGUGGUUGAAAUUGCUCGGAAAUACACAGCUCUCCACGAGAGUAUUGUGGCGCCACGGGUCCUGGAGCUAGCUGGUGAGGUGCUGGACACCGGGGACCCAAUCAUACGGCCCCUGUGGUGGAUUGCCACAGGUGAUGAGACAGCCUAUAAAAUUGACUCCCAGUUCCUGAUUGGGGAUGACCUCAUGGUAGCCCCAGUUUUAGAGCCUGGAAAGCAAGAGCGUGACAUCUACCUCCCUGCAGGCCGUUGGAGAAGCUACAAGGGGGAGAGAUUUGAUAUCAAGGAGCCACUGCACCUCACGGACUAUCCUGUAGACCUGGAUGAAAUUGCUUACUUUGUUUGGGUGUAACAAAACGGGAAUGUAAAGCUGAAUAGACUUGAUUAAUCCAGGCUCCAAUUUGCUUGUGAGACAAGCUUCAUGAAUUAAGCUUUUCUGCAUGAAACAUUGGAUGAAAAUGUUGUUUUUUUUUAUGGAAAAGCUUUCCUGGAACAAAAUAUGAAGACUUAAAGAAAUUUAAAUUUUAACACCAUAUUAAAUUACAAAUGUUAACAAAAAUUCUGAAAAUUUUAUCUUAAUUUUUAAUUGUCAUUUCAUU